AUGCUAUUAACGCUCCUCAGCUACCUAGUGAACACCACGACGACGAAGGAGAAACCUGGCUACGAUUCCCGAGUGCCGCCAGAAUACGAAAAAGAUGUUCCGACUAACGUGACGUUAAAAAUAUUCCUGCUGAGUUUUGAUUCCGUCAGUGAGACGACCAUGGAUUACUCCAUGGAGGUCUAUCUGACGAUGUACUGGUUGGACGAGAGACUUGUGUUCCAGAACCUGUCCACGUCCAGAUGGCUCGAAGUCGACACCAAAAUGAUGGAUAAAAUUUGGGUUCCCGAUGUCUACUUCCGGAAUGAAAAAGAGGCUUCCUUCCACGAGGUCACAGUUCCUAAUAAAUACAUGCACCUCUAUCCAAACGGAACGGUUAUCUAUAGCAUGCGGUUGUCUCUGACCCUUAGCUGUCGAAUGGAUUUAGCCAAGUAUCCGUUAGACAGUCAGAAGUGCCCUAUGUUUAUACAAAGCUAUACCUACACGACAGAGAAUGUUUUGUUCAACUGGUAUUCGUUCAAUCCCAUCCAGUUCGACAUGGACAUGGAACUGGGCCAGGAGUUACCUCAAUUCAUCAUUGGCAGCAACCAAAACUCUUGUUGUUUAAAUAAAUUGAAUCUGUAUACAAUUAAAAUAUUAUGUAUAAUUAUUGUUUCAUCUUUUGCAGUUCAUUUUGCGUGUAUCAAGGCGUAUUUUUACUUGAUGCGAGACAUCCGGUACUACAUCAUUCAGGUUUAUGUUCCGAGCGUCCUAAUAGUGACUCUGUCCUGGGUUUCGUUCUGGCUCGACCUCGAUGCUAUCCCAGCUCGUGUUUCCCUGGGUGUACUCACCGUGCUCACGCUCAACACUCACGGCUCCAACGUUCAGAGUUCUCUGCCGAAGGUCUCUUACAUCAAAGCUAUCGACGUGUGGACGGUCACGUGUCUUCUUUUUGUGUUUGCCGCACUUCUCGAGUUUGCUUACGUCAACGUUUUGGCGAGAAGGGGGCAGAAAGUGGGAAAGCAGAUGCUGAAAUUCAACUGCUUAUGCGCGAAAGUGAAACAAUCAACGGACAAUACCGAAUUGGACUAUAUAAAUCGAGCAAGGAGAGUCGAUAAGAUAUCAAGACUGGCUUUUCCCGGCGUGUUUCUAGCAUUUAAUAUAGCCUAUUGGUUUGGAUACAUAUAUUCCUGAUCGACAAUGUUUUCAAACUUUCCCAUAAGGCAUCUUGGUAACGCGCAACCGAACAUGGUAUCAAGGAGGGUUCUAUCAAGGGUUUUAA